CCAUUUGCCCCGUUUCCUCCUGCCUCUGCUGCUUUCUGCUGAGCUACAUCGGCCGAGCCAAGCUCAUACCGUAACUACAUGCCAGGUGAUGCACUGAGGGUGGCUUUUAAUAAAGACCACCCGCUAUGCAGUGCUGGUGCUCGGUGCGCGGCUUGUAGGUAUCUGUAUGGUAGGACAGACUGGGUCCAGACAUCAGGAAGCUGAAGAAAAGAGAACUGUGAGAGCAGACACACAGGAGGCCACGGUUCCCCCUCACACACAUACACACAUCACCACGGCCUUGAUGGUGAUGUAUGCAAGGAAACCAACAAGAGUCAGCGAUGGGUGCAACGACAGAAGGGAUCCACAAUCCUAUCAGACCCAUAAAUCUCAGCCAAAGAGCCAGUCCAGCAGCCUUCACCGAUAUGACAAGGUGCGCGAUGGCUCAUCGGAUCCCACGCCCCCUUACAAGAUGCUGCGACGCUCAGACGAAAGUCCUGUCAGCAGACAUGGAGACAGCACAGGGCAUGGCAAGGCAAAACCCUCUCACACAGUUAGAGGAAAAAAUGGGACCAGCGGCUCUCCUCAGGAGAACUCUCACAACAACAGCUCCCACCAUGGUUCCGACUCACAUGCGACUCAGAGCAAGCCUGCGGACAGGGACCCAGCAGAUGACUGGACAGAACACAUCAGCUCCUCCGGGAAGAAGUACUACUACAACUGUAGAACUGAGGUCUCCCAGUGGGAGAAGCCCAAGGACCUGCUGGAGAGGGAACAACGACAGAAAGACUCAGUCAAGAUGGCGGCGAACAGUUUCCCCAGGGACAUGGACUACAGACAAGAGGCCUUGCAGGACAAAGCCACAACAAAGACCACAUCAGGGGACCAGUCCGCAUCGUCCAACUCCGCCCAUUCCUCCUCUUCCUCGUCUUCUCAGAGCCUGAAUUCUGCUGCUGGUGCUUUAGGUUCCACCCCCUCCACCAUGUCCUCCUCCUCUUCCUCCUCUACGGGGCAGUCUGUCCAGUCCCCGUCACCGGCACUGCUGCAGGACCCAGCCCUCCUACAUCAGCUCCUCCCGGCUCUGCAGGCCACUCUGCAGAUGAAUAACGGCAGUAUGGACAUGGCUAAGCUCAAUGAAGUCUUGGCAGCUGCUGUCACCCAAGCUUCCUUGCGGUCUGUGCUUCAUAAGCUCCUCACUGCUGGACCUGCUUUCAACGUCACUGCUCUGCUCUCAGCUGCUCAGCACUCCAACCAAGCCCAGCACUCCAGUCAGUCUCCUGUCUCUCUGACAUCAGAUGCAUCAUCAUCACCGCGGCCGUAUGUCUCGCCACGAAAUGGCACGCCGCAGAGCAACCAGAAGUCCCUGCUAGGCCUGCAUCCUGGCAGCAUCACAUCCUCACAAACAAGGGGAAGUAUGUCUUCAGCUAAACAAGGAUCUGCCCCCCUGUCUCAGACCACUGAGAAGCGUCCAGAAGACCCCAGAACUCUUCAGCAGAGAAGCCAAGAGAUUUUGUGCACGGGAUCAAACGUAUCCGGCGCUGCUUUGCCCCAUGUCCUCUCCAGCAGCACCAGCCAAACCCAGGCUGAUACCCCCGGCUCCUUCACUCCCACCCUGGCAGCUCAUUUUGAUGAGAACCUCAUCAGACAUAUCCAAGGAUGGCCUUCAGAGAACACGGAGAAACAGGCGGCUCGGUUGCACGAGGACAUCCACAACAUGGGCAGCUUGUACAUGUCAGAGAUCUGUACAGAGAUGAAAAACCUCCGCUCCCUGGUCAGAGUGUGUGAAAUCCAGGCCACACUGAGGGAACAGAGAAUCCUGUUUCUGAGGCAGCAGAGCAAAGAGCUGGACAAGCUGAAGAACCAGAACUCCUACAUGGUUUGAGGACCUGAACAGAGAAGAAAGGACUUGGAUGGAUGAAUUAAAAUAUUGAUAGACAAAGCGGAAUAGACAUGGACGGCAAGCAGCCACAGCCUGUUUAUGCUGCCUGUAAGAGCAACUGAAAAAAAGCUGUUAAAGAACAGCGGCUGACGAGGUGAAGAACCAUCAUCCUGAACAUGUCUUUUUUUUUUUUUCUGCCCCUUUUCUUUUUUUUUUAAAUUUGUUUUUCCAAUGUCCAUCACAUGAAUUGCUCUCACUGAAAGGGGAAACUGACAGUUCACUGAGUCGGACACUUAAACCAAGUGGACAUAAAGGACCUGAGGCUCUUUUCAAACAGCACCUUUUCGGACUGUGAACCUUGGAUUGUGUGUAUUGUGUUGGGUUAACUUGUUUUCUGGUGUGUUUUGAUGUGUAGUAGUCAGGAAAAGAUUCCUUCUUGGAAAAACGAACUAAAAUAAAUCAUCUCAUAAAAAUCGGAGUGACACAGUUCUCAGGGGGAAGGGGGAGUGAAUGAACUCCGUUCACGCCUCAGACUUCUGAAAUGGACGUUGUCAUGCAUUGAAAUGUAUGGAUUCAAUGGCAGUGAUGUUACUAAUGUUAUUUUUUAUUCACUAUACUUGUCAGUGGUUUUGCCAUCCCAGUGUGUCUUCGAGCUGGUUGGUUUUACAUGUCAUGACAUGAGAUUAGCGAAGACCUUCGAGCAGACCAUUACUUCAGUGUGCUUCAGAUAUUUUGUCCCAGUUGAUGGGAAUCUGCGCCCCAGUGGUACAAAUUCACCAGGAAGUUAUGGUUAGUUUUGUCAAACACGCUCCAGAUGUUUCAAAGCCAUUUUGAAAAAGCCUGCAUUAUUGGACCUAGGUUGGCUGCUAGUACUUAUGAGGCUGUAUUCGUUAGUAUCCCUGCUGGCCAUUUUCUUAUCCCUUCCAUUUGUCUCUUUUUUUUUUUUCUUGUGUAAUUGUCAGCAUUAUGUUUCUCUCCCAAGACUAAUUGGGGAAAUACUUCAUUCCUUUGGUGCAGCUUAGCAAGAGAUUGUGUAAAAGAAUAGAGGAGAGUGACUGAAUUUACAGUCAUGAAAAGUUAAAUUAUUGUUGCACAUGAUUGAUUACGUCCUUGUAGUCAUAAUGGAAAAGAUUGAUGGGAAGAUGUUUUAUUUGUAUUUUUUUUCAACAAGGAAACUCGUAUUCUUAUUUUGGUUUUGUUCAGCUGUCGUGGCUGCAGCCCUUUUAUCGACUGAAUCUAGCCAGGCUACGUUUUUUUUAAAGGGUUCAUUCAUGAUGAGAGGGUAUACUUUUUAUAUGAAAACACCACACAGUCAUACACUUCUACACCCAUGAAGCAAGUUCCUUUCUCUCUCAUCUGUUCUUUUUCCUUGUCCUUAAAUAGUUUCCACCAGAUCUGAUGUGCACACUUUUUGGGGUAGGGGCUUUGUAUUCCAUAAAAUAUGAGAAUAAAAUAUUAUACCACAUCUCCUAGCUCGACGUUUACUUGC